AUGUCUCUUAGGGAUCCACCAUAUGAACCUCCUUCUGUCGCAGAGCUGCAGGAGUUCCUCCUGGAAGACAGGCGACCUACAGGACAUGUCAAUCAAGUCUGGCCUAACCUUUUCAUAGGCAACGAGGUGGCGGCUCGUGACAAGGCCGCUCUGCACAGUCUGGGCAUAACCCACAUUGUAAACGCUGCUCACCGACCCCCUGGCACUGCCUCCUUUUUCUACGUCAACACCGGCCCUCGUUUCUACAGAGAUAUGACAGUGGAUUAUUAUGGGGUGGAGGCUGAUGAUGCAAUAGAGUUCGUCCUUAGUCCUUUCUUUUACCCAACAGCACGAUACAUCCGAGCCGCACUGGGCAUGGGAGGACGGGUAUUUGUCCACUGUCUGAUGGGCGUGAGCCGCUCCGCAACAUUGGUGCUGGCCUACCUGAUGAUUGUUGAGGGCCUGAGGCUGCAGGAAGCAGUGGCCGCGGUAAAGCCUCACAGAGACAUCUGUCCCAACCCAGGCUUCCUGUUUCAGCUCCGCAGCCUUGACAUGAGCCUGGAGAGGGAGCGGAGGAGGCGCAGACAGGCCCAAACACUGUAA